UGGCCCUGCCGCUUUAGCGGGGUGUAAAGAAGCUGUCUUGCCCACUUCUCACUCUCGCCUCCAUCCCAUACAUUCGGCAGGGUCCUACACUGGUUGUCACGCACUGUUUUAGUACGGCUGGAAAUGUGACUCUCAUAACACGGGUUUACUGACUGGAAUGAAUACACCGCUCUGUGACAACCGAAGGGAUUUUUUUUGUGUGCGUGUCCUGCGUGGUUCUCAGUGGAUAGGCCUAUAGACUGUGUGGACUAUACAUUUCUGCAAUGACUGUGGAUUUGUUUGCAGUUUUAUGUGUCAUCAUCACCACCACGGUUUCUGCGAUGGAAGAAACGUUGAUGGACACUCGGGUGGCUACUGCUGAGCUAGGCUGGACGGCCUACCCUGCAUCUGGGUGGGAGGAGGUGAGCGGCUAUGAUGAGAACCUCAACACCAUCCGGACCUACCAGGUGUGCAACGUGUUUGAGCCCAGCCAGAACAACUGGCUCCUCACCACCUUCAUCGACCGACGUGGAGCUCAGAGGAUCUACGUGGAGAUGCGCUUCACCGUACGUGACUGCAGCUCCAUCCCCAACGUUCCCGGCUCCUGUAAGGAGACCUUCAACCUCUACUACUAUGAGACGGACUCGGUCAUCGCCACCAAGGGAACUGCCUUCUGGAUGGAAGCCCCUUACCUAAAGGUGGACACCAUCGCGGCCGAUGAGAGCUUCUCCCAGGUGGACUUCGGCGGACGGUUGAUGAAGGUCAACACGGAGGUUCGGAGCUUUGGCCCGCUGUCGAAGAACGGGUUCUACCUGGCGUUUCAGGACUAUGGUGCCUGCAUGUCGCUGCUCUCAGUCAGAGUGUUUUAUAAGAAGUGCCCCAGUGUGGUGCAGAACUUCGCCAUCUUCCCAGAGACCAUGACGGGGGCGGAGAGCACCUCCCUGGUCAUCGCUAGAGGGAUCUGCAUCCCGAAUUCAGAGGAGGUGGACGUGCCAAUAAAGCUGUACUGCAAUGGAGAUGGGGAGUGGAUGGUUCCUAUCGGGAGCUGCACCUGCAAAGCUGGGUUCGAGACAGAUAACGGGAAUGUCUGCCGAGCCUGCCCCCCAGGGACAUUCAAGUCGAGCCAGGGUCCAGGUCUGUGUCUGCAGUGCCCCUCCAACAGCCGCUCUGCAGCCGAGGCUGCCACUAUCUGCGUCUGCCGCAACGGCUACUACCGUGGGGACGUAGACCAACCUGACAUGCCCUGCACCAGCGUUCCCUCGGGCCCGCGGAACGUGAUCUCCGUCGUGAACGAGACUUCGGUGAUCCUGGAGUGGCACAGGCCCAGGGAGACGGGCGGUCGUGAGGAUGUGGUCUACAACAUCGUGUGUAAGAAGUGUCGUGCGGACCGCCGUACCUGCUCGCACUGCGACGACAACGUGGAGUUUGUGCCUCGGCAGCUUGGCCUGACAGAGACCAGGGUGUUCAUCAGUAACCUGUGGGCUCACACGCUCUACAGCUUCGAGAUACAGGCUGUAAAUGGGGUCACCAACAAGAGCCCCUACCCUGCCCAGCACGUGUCUAUAGACAUCACAACCAACCAGGCUGCCCCCUCGAUCGUACCCAUCAUGCACCAGGUGAGCUCCACCAUGAAGAGCUUCACGUUGUCAUGGCCACAGCCCGAACAGCCCAACGGAAUCAUCUUGGACUACGAGCUACGCUUCUAUGAGAAGGACCAUGCAGAGAUGAAUUCCACCAUGGUGCGCAGCGAGACCAACACAGCCCGUGUGGAGGGCCUCCGGGCGGGCACGGUCUACGUCGUGCAGGUACGGGCCAGGACUGUGGCUGGCUUUGGCAAAUACAGCGGCAAGAUGUGCUUCCAAACCCUCACAGAUGAUGACUAUAAAUCAGAGUUGAGGGAGCAGCUUCCUCUGAUUGCUGGCUCGGCUGCAGCAGGAUUGGUGUUCAUCGUCUCUCUAGUGGCCAUCUCCAUCGUCUGCAGCAGGAAACGGGCGUACACCAAGGAAGCAGUGUACAGCGACAAGUUACAGCAUUACAGCACAGGAAGAGAGCUCUCCCUGAGAGCCGACAUGUCUAAUUGCCCCUCCCCAAUGGGCUGCCCGACCCACUUCUCAGGCUCUCCGGGGAUGAAGAUCUACAUCGACCCCUUCACUUAUGAGGACCCCAACGAGGCCGUUCGGGAGUUCGCCAAGGAGAUCGACGUUUCCACCGUCAAGAUCGAAGAAGUAAUCGGCGCAGGUGAGUUUGGUGAGGUGUACAAGGGACGUCUGAAGCUGCCAGGCAAGAGGGAGAUCUACGUGGCCAUCAAGACCCUGAAGGCAGGAUACGUGGAGAAGCAGAGGCGGGACUUCCUAUCCGAGGCGUCAAUCAUGGGACAGUUCGACCACCCCAACAUCAUCAGACUGGAGGGCGUGGUCACCAAGAGUCGGCCAGUCAUGAUCGUCACAGAGUUUAUGGAGAACGGGGCCCUCGAUUCCUUCCUGAGGCAAAACGACGGUCAGUUUACAGUAAUCCAGCUGGUGGGCAUGAUGAGGGGCAUCUCGGCGGGCAUGAAGUACCUCUCUGAGAUGAACUACGUCCAUAGAGACCUGGCUGCCCGCAACAUCCUGGUCAACAGCAACCUGGUCUGCAAGGUGUCCGACUUCGGACUUUCGCGCUACCUUCAGGACGAUACCUCUGACCCCUCUUACACCAGCUCUCUGGGGGGUAAGAUCCCGGUGAGGUGGACGGCUCCAGAGGCCAUCGCCUACAGGAAGUUCACCUCAGCCAGUGACGUGUGGAGCUAUGGCAUUGUCAUGUGGGAGGUGAUGUCAUUCGGAGAGAGACCCUACUGGGACAUGUCUAAUCAGGAUGUGAUCAAUGCCAUAGAGCAGGACUACCGGCUGCCCCCUCCCAUGGACUGCCCCUCGGCCCUGCACCAACUCAUGCUGGACUGCUGGCAGAAGGACCGCAACGCCCGGCCACGUUUCACUGACAUCGUCAACACCCUGGACAAGAUGAUCCGCAACCCAGCCAGUCUCAAACAAGUGGCCAGCAUCCCUGCAGUGCCUUCCCAGCCCCUGUUGGACCGUUCUAUCCCAGACUUCAACACCUUUAGUUCAGUGGGAGAGUGGCUGGGAGCCAUCAAGAUGACCCAGUACAGAGACAACUUUCUCAACUCUGGCUUCACCUCCCUGCAACUGGUAGCACAGAUGACCUCUGAAGACCUCCUCAGGAUAGGUGUGACCCUGGCGGGCCACCAGAAGAAGAUCCUGAGUAACGUUGCCUCCAUGCGGGUCCAGAUGAGCCAGUGCCAGUCGCCCACCACCAUGGCAUGACUGGAGGGGGCGCCGUGCCAUGGGUCGGGCAGCAUUCAGGCAGGCAGGGACUACAGCAGGAAGGACUACACCCCUCACCGAAUGACCCCCAACUCGUCGGGACGCGCCAGGGUCGAGACUAUCAUCCUCAUCUAAUGGAACAUCAUAAUAGCAGUAGACCAGGGUCCAGACCAAUACUAACUAUCACCUUCCACUAAUCUGAGUUAUAAUGAGUUAUGAUCCAGAGUUCAGUGGGUUCAGAGAAUGUUUUUUCUAAUCUUAAUCUGCGAGUUCUACAGUCCUGGAGUCUGGAGUGGACAAAUAAUCAUCCUAGUCUGAACUAUCCAUUGUCUGGAGUUCCAUGGGUUCAAAUACUUUUGUCACAUCUUAAUCUGUGGCCAUGGACUAUACUAUCAUCCAUGGAUUAUCAUCAGUGUGUAGGCCUGUGUAAUUUCACAUCUGGAGCCCAUGGUAUAUAGAAUAUGAUCGUAUUGUGCUGUAAUCUAACCCCAGACCACCACAGGCUGACACGGGGAUGGAGUCUGGGACUAUCAGAUGUAUAUCUUUACUGGAUGAUGGUAGACUGGAGAGGAGGACCAAGUAGAAGCCAUUUUGAAGAGGAAGUUCAUGUCAUCAGAAGGUCUCUGAUAUGUCAUUUGAACCCAGGCCUUCUUCAAAGACUAGUAAGGAUGCUUGGCCUGGCUAGGGGCAGCGGAAUGAAAUGCGCGUAGGAAGAAAGCAAUUCAAAUUCACUAUACAUUAUCAAUAUACACACAUACAGAAAAUGAUACAGAGGCAUACUGUGGUGUAUGGUUGAUUUGGUUUGACCAUUUAUCACCUUGUAUUUUUUCUUCAUUCAAAACUUUUGACAUCUUGGAGAUCUCAUCAAGGUCAACAGUUGAACCGGCGGGAAAGGAGAGCUUUUGAGACAUUUGUUGAUAUCUUGUUUUGUUUUUAACCAUAAAAGCAGGGAACUCAGACCUCUCUUCCAUUUUUUCACCUUAACACUACCUGUCGAUGUCUGGGCUGAUGGCCUUGCCAAAGGACUAGUGAAACGGCCUCGCCCAGAUUCUGAGAAUAUAUAAAAAUAUGUAUAUCUCUAACUAAAUAUGAAUAUAUCUUCAGAAUAAAUCUUCAUAUUGAAGGUGAUGUGUAUGAAUAUGUAUGUACAAAACUCUCUCUGCUUGCAUUUUUGGCAAAGAUGACGUUUUUGUGCACUGAAUUGUAAUGGAGAUAGACACAUACAAUGCUGAGGGGUCACAAUCCUGAAUGAACUUUGACCUGGAAAUAAAUGUACAAAGGACCAUGUACAAAUUACUGUUUCUAUAGAUGUGUAUAAAACAACUGUAGGGAUAAAAAAAACGUGACCAAAACGUCCAUUCUCUGGAGAGCCCAUGUUAAAUGUGAGUGUAUCCAUGCCGUAUCUUGCUGAUGAGCACUUACUUGUACAGAUUAUGUUGUUUCUUCUUUAUUUCUUCGUUUGUUGUUUGUGUUGAAGGGAUUGGAACCGUCCAGAAUGGGAAGGAGAGUGGAGAGUGUCUCAUCUCAUCUGGCCAAAUGUCUAUGAUGAUGGGGACACACACACACACACACACACACACACACACACACACACACACACACACACACACACACACACACACACACACACACACACACACACACACACACACACAACAGACCCAUCAUUGCUCAGGACAGCCAAUAAGGAUGAAGACAGCACGACAGGGAAGAUGACCUCACUUUACGGUACACACAAGACGAAGGAACCAAAUGUGUUUGUGUGUGUGUUUGAUUUCCUGUGUGUCUCUAUCUGUAUAGCUACCACUUGUAUACUGUGAGGAGUAUGUGUCCAAGUUUGUAAACUGUAACUUUCUGAGAACUAUUGUACUAAAAAUGCACUCAAUAAACGCCUUGGAAAACAAGUAAA